GCUGGAAACACGUUCUUUUCUCCAGAUCAGAACCCAGCAACACUUUUCGACCUUUGAUAGACUGGACAAUGCUAUUGGACUUCUGCAACAGAUUCUUGAAUCUUGAGCUCGAGAACAAUCUCAUUGAACAGUUCUCUCAUUGCUAGAAUCGUAUCUGAUCGCCAUACUCGACAUACUCGACCUUCUCAACGCACAUGACAUACUCAGCACACUCGACAUAUCAUCACACUCUCUUGAGCAAUCUCAUUUAUCAUAUCAUACAGACACCAUGGCAGGCUUUUGCACAGAAUACAACAAGAUCUUCGCCGGGUACAAGCCAGCAACCGACAAUGUCUUCUCCUGGCUCAAGAAAAUCACAAACACCAGCAAGGCGUCAGUCAACUACUACGCACACCUUGCCAACAAGGUUGUCUCCGAGGGCAUUGCAAUCCCAGAGAACAUCCUUGCAGACCUGCAGACGGCCAUCAACCUACGCUUGCAAGCAGCUGAACUCCACGCCAAAGACGGAACAGCAGACCACGGACACGACCAUGUGAUCGACGUCCUCCAGCAAAUCUUAUCAUUGUUCUGCCCAACUCCACCGUCACCAACGCUGUCUGUCUGUUCGUUGUCGUCAGAGUCCUCCAAGGCUUCGACGUUAGACUUCGAGCCGCUCCCGCUGCAACAAUCAAACAGCUUCACAUAUCAUCAACAGCAACCAGCACAAUUUUAUCAGCAGUUGCCAAUGGAGUACGCUCCAUACCCAUAUCCAAUGGGAGAGACUUAUCAAUUUUGUGACUACGGUCAUUACUAUCAGUAUCAACAACAGCCUUACGAGGCAUAUUAUCAACCUGGCGUGCACCCUGCCUAUCAGCAAUAUCCUGAACUUCAGGACCCUGCUAUCUUGUAUGUGGCGUAGACCACCAUUCUUAACAGCAACAACGCCAACAAUAGAAGCAGCGGCAGCAGCAGCAGCCCCAAAAGCAACAGCAACAACAACAGAGUUGUUUUGGGUGUACGCUAUCAGGCUGUUGAGCACAAUAUGUGAGAGGCCUGCAUUAUUAUCAACAUUAU